UUUGAAGGUAUUAACCUUUGAAAGGGAAUAGAAGGUCCCAGAAUUGUGUCGUCUUCUGAUAACACAAUGGUUAACAAUAUGACGUCACAGAUAGCAAUCUUGUUGACUUUUGUAGCCGGUAUAUGUACGACAAGUACAACGGAAAACCCGUAUGAAAACAGAACAGUGUGUUACAAAUAUGUGGGCUGUUUCAACAACCUCCCUCCCUUUGACAACGCUGCUUACGACUUGCCACGCUCGCCCGAGGAGAUAGGGACAGAGUUUUUGCUUUUUACACGGAGGAAUCCAUCAAAUCCAGACCGUCUGGAUUAUGUAUCCCAAUCCUCUGUCCUCAGUUCUCAGUUCCAGAGCAGUGUCCAGACCAAGAUCAUUAUCCAUGGAUUCGCUAACACAGUCAAAACCACAUGGUUAUACAAUAUGAAAGAUGCAUUUUUAACAAAGGGAGACUACAACGUGAUCGUUGUGGCGUGGGGUGCGGGAGCCGCGGCCCCCGACUACAACCAGGCCGUCUCCAACACCAGAAUGGUGGCCACCCAGACCCGGCUCAUUAUCGAGGGGCUGGUCCAGGCUGGGGGGAGGCUCACUGACAUCCACCUCAUAGGUCACAGCCUGGGGGCCCACACCGCCGGAUCCACAGGCAGACAAAUGGGCGGCAAAGUUGGACGAAUCACGGGCCUGGACCCAGCUGAGCCAGAGUUUGAAAACCACCCAGAAGGAGUAAGAAUCGAUCCCUCGGAUGCUGUUUUUGUGGACAUUAUCCAUACAAACGGAGCACCCAUACGGCGGGGCGGGGCAGGCUUAAUGCAGGCGUCAGGUCACGUGGAUUUCUACGUCAAUGGAGGGGAGAGACAACCGGGAUGUCCUAACCUUGUCACCGGGACGUUUGAGCAGCUGUUUAGUCAAAACGUUUCAGGUGCAGUUUUGGCUGCGUCAUGUAGCCAUGGUCGGUCUCACGAAUACUUCACCGAAUCCAUACUGACCGACUGUCCCUUCACCGCAUACCCAUGUGACAAUUAUGUCAAGUUUAGCUCCGGGGGGUGCAGUACAUGUGGACUGGCAGGCUGCUCUCAGCUUGGCUUGAACGCGGACGUAAACUCUGGACGCGGGAAAUUGUUUCUGGACACCCUCAGCAUGGCACCCUUCUGUGGGUACCAUUAUCUUGUAACCGUUGUGAUUGGAACACAUGAUGCCAUUGGUCAGUUACUUCUAACAGUGCGUGGUAAUGCUGGACAAACACAGCUGAUUCCUGUCACUGGUUCUGGGGAAUCCUUAAGAGCAGGGAUGCCUCAUUCCAAGGUCGUUGUUUUGGAAAGGAAAUUUACAGAUAUUAAUGCUGUUGAUGUUCUGUAUAAGAAAAAGAGAGGAUUUUUGUUUGGAUGGGGAGGAGCACCAAAUGAUAUAUCACUGACGUCCGUUACAAUUAAGGAAAUCUGGGCAAACAAUAAAUUCACGUUUUGCAUGGGAAGUUUCCGCUUCUCGGAUGGAGUAUCCGUUACCACCACUCAAAGAUCCGCCACCGGAACUUGUUGAAUCAUGCAAUGAAAAAAAAUCGCUUCACAUUUUUAUUUUGGAGACACAAGUUAUGAAAUGAGAAUACCAAGAAAAAAGUUUUCAAAUUAAAAUUAUUACAAAUUAAGUGCAGUUGUUGUGUGUAGGUAAAUCACCAUUUGCAUUGACAUUUUUUUUAGAUCACUCAUAUCAUACAUCAGCCGAUCGUACCAAGAGUUUUGGGAAUUGGUUGACGUGAAAUAAAAGGGUAGAGGAUUCGAACCAAACAUUUAAAAAAUGUACUAAAAAACUUUUCGGGAUCUCGUACAUUAAAACCUAUACAGCCCAA